AUGGAGGCGUUGGCCGCAAAAGCCAGUGAUACCGCGAUGGCGCGCUUCUACGGCCUACCAAAGGUCCACAAGCAGGGGGUACCGCUGCGCCCCAUCGUCUCCUUACGUGGUACUCCAACCUUUGGGCUGUCAAAGUGACUGUACCAGCGACUUUGUUUCCUUACCAAGGAUUCGCAGUGGACAGUGAAGUCAGCUGAAGAGUUCUUGACGCGCAUCAAACAUCUCGAAGUGGAGGCAGAUGAGGUGAUGGUGUCAUUUGACGUGAUCUCAUUAUUCACCUCCAUCCCACUUGCGCUGGCUAUCGACACUAUUGAUGGCUUUCUCCGGGAAAAGUAUGAUGAAACCGACCAACAGCUCAAACGAGCACACAUCAUCGAGCUCCUAGAACUGUGUCUUAAGACCUUCUUUACAUUCAACGGCCAAGGCUACGAGCAAAAGAAGGGGACACCGAUGGGCUCGCCUCUGUCUGGACUACUUGCCGAAGCAGUUUUGUAG